ACGCGCGUUUAUAACAGCCCUCGAUAUCCCAGCCGAAAGGGGCAAACAAUUUUACUCGAGAUUGACGGUAAGGCGUCACCUCUGUUCGUUCGACUUACUAGUACUGCUGAUUUGACGAAUCGAUUAUUUCACUGCUACGCUACUUUUCUUGAUCCGCAUAUGGAACGUUGUAGCCUGCAUUGAAGACUAUCGCGUUGAGUACCCUCAACAGGGGCUUGACGGCAAGGCAACAACCACCUGGAUCCUGGAUAAAUUUUGAUCGCGAGGUGAUCGCUCGUUUUCCUGAGUUCAGUAACAACCCCCGUAGUGGCCUCGACCUCGCGCAUAGUUAUAUUUGCAAAUGGUUCUCCUGUCAGAGAUACCUUCGAAGCAAGGUAAAACGGUCUGAAAAUGAGCGGGAUGAUACCGAUACGAAUGAAGAGGAGGAAGGGGAGGUGCCCGUCCAGGUAUCUACACACUCGCGCUUUCCUCCAAACUCCGGCCGCUCAUCUUCGCCAACAACCACCGAUUCCUCCCCUUCUACUUCUUCAUCCACAUCAUCCCAGUCCACCGCACCGUCGAGUUCCAUCACCAGUCACAAAAGCACCUCGGAGUCAAUGACUCAACCUACCUCCAGACCGUCUGCUUCCACCUCUGCGAAAAGGACACAUCCUCUUCCCAUACCCCCUCGUGUACACGCCUUGCGUGCCCAGCCCCGCACUCCGGUGCAAUACACCGAUCGGAUUGCGAUCUUACAAUUUCUCUCGCGACCGGUGCCCGCGCUCUCGCAUCUCCUUCCUCUCUUCCUUUCACUUGGGAUCAACAACCAGGCUCGGCUCGACUCGAUGGCGGAAUGGCCUAGGGUGGAGGUGGAGAAGUUCAUUGCGAAGUUGGUAAAUGCAAAUAAACUGGAUGCAUUUGAGGGGAAAGUUAUCGAGAUGACAUUGUCGGGGCUAUUGAUUGAGGAGCCUGUUUAGAGGUGGCCUCCAUUUUUUCCCCUUUAACAUUUUUGUCAUGACGCUAAGGUUCCGUAUUUCUCUUUCUUUUCCAUCCAUUCGCAUUUACGUUCGAUAGUAAGAUUCUAUAUACAUACAUAAGUAAUAACGCUCUACCAAGUCAAUCGAAGUGUACGACUAACAUGCCAUGGCACCAGUGA